UGUUGGAGUGUAGUUUGAAUGCAAACAAUGUAGGCAUUAUCCAUAUCAAACGACGAAUAAUAACAUUAUCGACGUUAUCAAUACAAUUAACAUUCCACUGUUCUUGUGUUUUGGUUACUUUCAUUUACAACAGGUUUUUUGAGAUGGUCUGUUUUAUUGUGUUUAUCUUAUCGGUCGAUUAAAAGGUUGAGGACCAGCAGACAUGGACAUGAAAUUUCAGUUAUUAAAAAUACUGCAAUACCAAAACAGUCUGAGAUAGUAAAAUGAGUGAAAGAAAAUUCACAAAAAGCUUGGGAAAGCCGGGAACAGCAGCUCAACUACGAGAAACAGUUUCCCAGGCCGUAAAAGAAAGCACCGUGCAAAAUAAACCUCAGCUGGUAGAACCUCUAGAUUUUGAGAAUUUCAUACUUAAAAACAAAACCCUUUUACAAAAUGACCCACAACGUGAGCUUCUUAUUUACCCCUCAGAUGACAUAUCACAAAUUGUUUUACCUAAAAAAUUCAGAACGGUAUCUCAUGUCAUCCCUCCAAAAUGUGAAACAGAAGACUGCAGUUUAUUUACAAAACAAUGCAUUAGUACAUAUUCGUCCAAUUGGAAUCUUGUGCAUUAUAAAUAUAGUGCUUACUCAGGGUCAUACAGUGACUUGCCUAAUGGUAAUAGAGAGGAGGAUCUCCAAGAGGAGAUUUUUGAAAUUGAUAUUGAUUCAGAUACAGUGGACAGUUCAAAAUCCCAGGGGGAUGGUAUAACUAAAGAGGGUUAUUUAAUGAAAGGCCCAGAAAUUGGUUCUGAUAGAAUGUUUUCAAAUAUCGGAUCGAAAUCGUUCAAAAGGCGGUACUGCUUUUUAAGACAAGAAGUUGAUGGAACCUACAUUUUGGAGCUUUUUAAAGAUGAUUCAAAGGCAGAAGCCAAAGCCACAAUAGUAAUGGACUUCUGUACAGAAGUUGUUAAAAGUAUGAAAAGGGGUCGUUAUUGUUUUGAAUUGAGAAUGACUGCGGGACAUAAAUCUUACCUUUUGGCUGCCGAAACAGAAACAGAAUUUAAAGACUGGUUGGGAAAGUUGUGCUGUGUGUUGCACCAGAACAAAUUACAGGAAGAAAAGAGAGCCGCGUCGUUAGAAAGAGAAAAAAAUACACCUCCCCCGUCUCCUCAACCUCAGGUUUAUGGAACUCUUAAGGGUCUAGAGCAGAGUAUGAAUCCUCAAUUAAUAAAAUAUGCUCGAGAAACAGACGUUAGUAUAGCGUUAGCUCGUCGUGAAAAUCGGCAUAAAUUGUUCAGUCUUUAUCCCCAAGUAUUUCUGAAUCCAAAAUUGUCAACUUGUGUCACUUCUGAGCAAGCCGAGCCUUAUAAAGAAGUGUUUGGUCAGCGUAUUUUUAUUCGAUGCGAAAGCCUCAAAUUUAAACUGCAGGUUCCUGUAGACGAUAAGGAUACUAUGUGCCAGGUUGAACCAUACCAUACUUCAUUGUGCCUAUUUGAUGCCAGAAAUGGCAAAAAACUGACUGAAAAUUUUCAUUUUGAUGUUAACAGUAUGAACGUUCGGUCGUUGCUACCAAAUCAACAGAACGGUCUUAAACCAGACUCUCACGGUCCGAAUUUUUACCAUACCCACACGGAUCUUCCUUCAAAUGUCUCAUGGGAUUGGAUUAUGUAUCCAAAACAGUGUAUAUUGAGUGUUACUAAUCCCCAUCCUGAUAUCUUUGUUGUGGUGAGAAUUGAGAAGAUUUUACAGGGUAGCAUUUGCCAAGUGGCAGAACCGUAUAUUAGGGCUGCGAAAGAUCCCAAAUUAGGUUUAAAAGUACAAAAAAGCGUUUCGGCCUGCUGCCAUAGACUUGGUUGUUACAAGAUGCCUUUUGGAUGGGCUGCAAAACCUUUAUUCAGAUUAUACAGCAAUGAAUUAGAUACAUCAUCUGAUUUUCCAGCUAUUUACAGACAAGAAAGUAAUAAACUAAGUGAUGAAGAAUUAUUAAAAUUGCUUUCAGAAUACAGAAAACCUGAUAAAUUUAGUAAAUUGACUGUGAUACCUGGGUCUGUAAAAAUGAAAUUACAACCACUAGUCGACUUGCCUGAAAAUUCUUUAACAACCUCAUUAACCCCUUUGAAACCGUUCCCGAUUCCUCCAAUUUGUGAACCCACUAUAGAAGUAACCGAAUUCGAAGGUAGUUCAGAAAGAGAUGUUCAUCCAUACGUCACAUUUGUUAAUCACUUGUUCGUCUAUCCCCACUGCCUUAGUUUUGAUACCCAGAAAGUUUUUACUAGAGCUAGAAACAUAGCGUGUGUAGUAGAGAUCAGGGACUCUGACGAAGAUGGUGCCAAACCUAUUCAGUGUAUUUAUGGGCGCCCAGGUCAGAAACCUUUAGUGGCUCAAGUGUCUUGUGCAGUAUUACACCACAAUACGGUGCCAAUGUGGUAUGAGGAGAUAAAGGUCAAAUUGCCAAUCAACCUGAACCCCUCUCACCAUUUGUUGUUUACCUUUUACCAUAUUUCCUGUGAUAUUUCAAAGAAGCGCGAUAACGGUGUCGAAAACUGUAUUGGUUACGCGUGGCUUCCGCUUCUCCAGAAAGGAAAACUAAAUCUGGAUACACAAAGUAUUCCCGUUGCUAUGCACCUGCCAGCCGGUUACUUGUCAAUACAUCCCUUCGGUCUAGGCAAAGGCAAUGCCGGGCCAGAAAUUACAUGGGUUGAUGCCCAAAGGCCGUUAUUCACAGUAUCGUUCAAUCUUGCUUCAACAGUCAACACUAGGGAUCAGCACUUGUUCAACUUAUUCUCCCAUUCAGAACGUUUACUUGAUCCAAAACCGACUGCGUUACCCAACGAGAACGAAACGUGUAAAAUCAUCAAGGCUCUACAUGCGAUCCAGCUGACAACUCUAAUUACGUUUCUGCCAACGCUACUUAACCACUUACUCACGCUUCUCGUUGUUACAAAUAACGAAGAAAUCUGUCUGAAUGUUAUGCGUGUCCUAAUCAAUCUUGUCAAUAUGGUCUACGAUUCAGGACGCAAGGAGAUCCUUCAGACCUAUGUUAAGUACGUGUUCGUUCAGCCGGAGAGUAAAAAACAAACGACCGUACAUGAGGAAAUGGUUAAACAUUUGCCCACAAUUUUGCAUCCAAACAAUACCGAUUUUUUAGUCGUUAACAAAUUUAUGCAUCAUGCAAAUUUUUUCUUUGAUAUUAUGAUCAAGGGCAUGGCACAACACUUACUUAGUACAGGGAGAAUAAAGAUGCAUAGGAAUGAAAGAUUUCCACUCGAAUACUUGCAAAGAAUCGAAUCGUUACUUGAAGUGCUGAUACCAUACAUCAUUAAUAAACAUAAAGAAAUGGCAAUAGAGACUGCUGAAUUGAACAGAAGUUUAGCUCAUUUUCUGAAGAAAUGUUUGUCAUUGAUGGACCGUGGUUUUGUAUUCGGUCUGAUCAACAUUUAUUUCGACAAGUUCAAUCCGAGUGACCCGAGAGUACUUCAGGAGUACAAAUUCACGUUUCUUGAGAUCGUCUGUAAUCACGAGCAUUACGUUGCAUUUAACUUGCCUAUUCAGCACACUCGUCUCAGUCCAAAAAAUCGUUCACCUGAUUAUCUCCAAGAGUACAGUCUAUCAAAUGAGUUUUGCAAACACCAUUUUAUAGUUGGUUUGCUCCUAUUAGAAGUGCGAACUUCUUUGAAUGAAGUACAACAUGUGCGAAAAAUGGCACUAACUACACUUCGAGAUCUCAUGGCAAAACAUGAGUUCGACGACAGAUAUCGGAACAAGGGCAAAAUGAGUCGUAUUGCCCUUAUUUACAUCCCUUGGCUGAGCAUAGUACUCGAAAACCUAAGUCGGUUAUAUGCGAUAGAUAAACAGGAUGAUGGAAACAGUAGCACGAUAGCAAAUAGAUUGUCUACUAGUAGUUCGUACUUAUUUGGCAAAAGUUCUACUACCAGCGAUCAGCCCAAAAGUUAUAGGUUUACCCUUCACUUGGAAAAAGACAGCCCCAUGCAUUUGAGGAAUUCUGUAUUUUUCGAUGCCAUCGCUGGACAAUCUGUGGUAAAUGGAAACAGUUCUAUGAGCCUUGAAUCGGAUAUUUCUGGAGAUGCGCUAUCCAUAACGUCUUUGGAGACAACAAUAAUUCGCGAACCUCGAGACGAAAGCUUAAGAAACGGCGAAGCCAAGUCUCAUCAUCGGGGCUUGAGCACGGCCAGUCCCCAUCUUCAACGUUACGACAAACUUCAGCCGACCGAGGUGAAAGAUGUGCUUCUUUGUUUUUUGUUUGUGGUGAAAUAUGUUGGCGAAGAAUGUUUGAUCUCUUGGUGGCAGCAGUGUGCCGACUCCGAUGUAGUCAAUUUUUUUUGUGUGCUCGAAAUGUCCCUGCAUUGUUUCAAAUAUAACGGAAAGAAGAAUAUAGUUGUGGUUAAACAAAGUGUCCAAGAUGUAGUAAAGAAUAAACCCGCAAAGGCCCAUACUUUACCCGCCAGAAUGAACCCACCUGAUUUUAAUCACGAAACUAGUGGCACUCUCAUCAUUCACACGGUUAAUCGCGAGAAUUUGGUUAACUCAGAAAAUGAAAAUUAUAAGAGAGAGCAAGCAAUAAUGGAGCAAAACAUGACGAACGAAGUGGGUUUAAUUGUAUUAGAUAAUUUAGGUCUUUACUGUAUGCAUUUUAGAACGAGCAUUUUAACUAACGAAGGCGAUAAUAACGUAAUGAAAAAGAUCUUCGACAUUUAUUUGGCAUUUAUGCAAAUUGGGCAGAGCGAAUCUGUUUUUAAACACGUUUUCGCCUCUCUAAGAGCUUUCAUUAACAAUUAUUCGAUUGUUUUAUUUAAAGGAAGUGCUCUUAUGUGCGGCAAAUUAUGUUACGAAUUGUUACGUUGUUGCAAUAGCCGUUUAUCAUGCGUAAGGCAGGAAGCUUGCGCAAUACUGUACUUGUUAAUGAGAAGCAAUUUCGAGUUCACUGGUCGAAAAGCCUUAACAAGGGUCCACUUACAAGUUAUUAUUUCCGUCUCCCAAAUGCUGGGCAACGUCAUCGGCUUAAACAAUUCAAGAUUUCAGGAAAGCUUAUCAUUGAUCAACAGCUACGCUUCAAGCGAUAAAGCUAUGAAAGGGACAGGAUUUCCUAUUGAAGUAAAAGAUUUGACGAAACGUAUAAGAACAGUGCUUAUGGCGACAGCUCAAAUGCGCGAACAUCACCACGAUCCCGAGAUGCUGGUAGAUUUACAACACAGUUUAGCGAAUUCGUAUGCGUCAACACCUGAAUUGAGGCACACCUGGUUAGAGACGAUGACUCGAAACCACGUUAGGGAUGGAAAUUACUCAGAGGCAGCAUGUUGUCAAUUACAUAUAGCAGCACUGAUGGCAGAAUAUUUGAAGUUGAAAAAUGUUCAAAAUUGGGGAGCAGAAUUUUUCGAAAAAAUAUCAUCCAAUAUCGUGAAAGAUGAACGAGGUUUAAAGUUAGACACUGGUGUGCAGGAUGUGCAGUACACUGAGUUUUUACUUUUGGAACAAUUAGAAACAUGUGCAGAGUUCAUACAGAAGGCUGAAAGAUACGAAAUCCUAGGAGAAUUAUACAAAUUGAUUGUACCAGUUUAUGAAAAGAAAAGGAAUUACGAAUUACUGAAACAAUGUUACGAAAGUCUAGCUCAGAAUUACUCCAAAGUUGUGGAAGUCAACAAAUCAGGUAGAAGACUUCUUGGUCGGUUCUACAGAGUAGCUUUUUAUGGUCAGGCAUACUUCGAAGAUGAGAGCGGCAUCGAAUACGUUUAUAAAGAACCAAAAGUGACAUCGUUAAGUGAAAUAUCAGAAAGAUUAUUCAAGCAAUAUACCGAAAAGUUCGGCCAGGAAGUUGUAAAGAUGAUUCAGGACUCAGUUCCGAUUAUACAAAACGAACUGGAUCAAAAAUUCGCGUACAUUCAAGUGACUCACGUUACGCCGUAUUUUGAGAAAGCUGAACUGGAAGAUAGACAAACAGAAUUUGAACAAAAUCACGACAUCAAUUGUUUUAUGUUUGAAACGCCUUUUACCAGAGAAGGUAAAGCACAUGGGUCUCCUGAAGUACAAUGGAAAAGGAGAACUAUUUUGCUAACCGAGUAUUCAUUUCCGUAUGUGAAGAAACGCAUUCCUAUAAAAUCGAAGCGAACAGUUGAACUGAGUCCGAUUGAAGUUGCCAUUGACGAAAUGCAAAAUCGGGUCUCUGAGCUUGAAGAUGUCGUCUUUUCUAAGCCGCCAGAUGUAAAAAAGUUGCAACUGCUGCUUCAGGGCAGUGUAUGCGUCCAAGUUAACGCAGGUCCUUUGGCGUAUGCCUCGGUAUUCCUCGACCCAGCCUUAAGCACCAUGUACUCGGAGGAAAAAGUUGAAGAACUGAAAGACAUUUACAGAGAGUUCGUAAAAAUUUGUUACUCAGCCUUGCAAAUAAACAGCAAAUUAAUCACAAGCGAUCAGCAAGAGUACCAAGAGGUUUUGCGACAAAAUUACAAGAAACUUUGCUCAUCGCUGUCAUGUCUGUUUGGAGAGUCGUUAUGGCCUCAUGAAGAGACGGGUAGUUUUAAGAGGAAUAGUAUGGCACUUUUUAGUGCAAUAAGUGGCGCAUCACACAGUUCGAGUACUGCAUAGGAAAUUGUUAGAGCUAAGCGCGCCGGAAUGGCGAAAUGGCUAUUUGCAUUUUUUGCUUGUUGAUGUUUUAGAUAAUUGGAAAUUUUAAUGUUGUUUUUAUACAUACUCGCAUAACUUACUUCGUAUAGAUUAAUGAGUUAAUUCUCAGUAGGUAGGAGAAUUAUAAUUACCCCCGUUUAUACAAUAUUAUCAUUUUAAUCUAGUCUGAAUUUUAUAAGAGCAGGCGAAUUCCACAAAAGAUGCUAUUGUAUUUGUUUAUAGAAUGUACUUAAUGGUAUAAUUGAAAAAGGUUUUAUUUCCAAUUGAUUUUAAAGUGAUUCAGCCUAAGUUUAUACUGUUUUUACCAAAUUUCCAACAUCAUUUGAGCGUGGGAAGAUACUAAUGAAGUAUGCUGUCAAAGUAUAAUUCCGACUUCAGAUAAUUGCCACAAUUUAUAGAUAGUUUAAUUUUUAAUCCCUUGAAAAUAUUAAAUCCGAAAAGCUACAAGACUGAAAGUAAAAUCGACAUCGUAAUUUUAUUAAUUUUCGGUCAUUAAGGUAAAUAGAAAAACUAUUUUAGAAAUGGAGGAUACACAAUUAAUUGUACUUCCUAAGUUUGAUAAGGAAUUUUGAAAAGUUGCAAUUGCAAAAUUUCGUGCCGUUUUUGAUACAUACUUUAGGACUUAAGUACAGUUUUGCCAUAAUAAAUGGGGUGAUAUUUGGACUACGAAACUCCAGAAUGUUUUUCUGCAAAGCCAUCGUCUAAUUAGUAUAACAUGUAUCAUGAGAUUAAAUUUACUCGUUAGAUGCGAUGUAGUUAAAUACGCCGUUGUUUAUUCCACUCUGUUAAUUUUAUUAAUUGAUCGCAUAAUUGUGUUAAUUUGAAUGUAUGCUUUUGAUGAACAGUGUGGUUUAUGCUGCAUAUGUGUAUUUGUUGAUUUUCUUCAGAUUUUAUUUUUAUUUUCAUCAGUUCAAUUUUCUUAAAAGUAUCAUGUCAUUUUAUGUCUACGCUAAAUUAUUGCAAAGUGUGCUUCAAUAUUCCAAUAUUUGUUUAAGUACAUAAUGGAAUAUUAAUUAAUUUUAAGAAACAGAAAAAAAGUAUUUUAAAUUUUAUGUUUUCUAACUCCUUUCAAACAUUUUACUUUGUGUUGUAUCUUUUUAAAUUUUGUACCAUUAAACAAUAAGGGCAUUAUUACCUAGUGGGCAUUUAUACAUAAGUAUGUAAUUACUCGAAUGUCUCUAAAAAUACUUAUUUGUAUUGAUUUCGCACUGGCUGUGAGGGUAAUGGAAUUAUCUGUGUGUAAUUAUUAUUUUGCAGAAAAUUAAUUAUUAAUUUUACUUUUUUCUAAUGUACUGUAAAUAUUCUAAUCUAAUUUUGUAUAUUAGCAAGUUUUGUAUACAUCCAUGACAACCAUUUUCUUUCUUAAUUAAUUCAUUAAUUCUCUGUAAUAUUAUUUAUUGGAACUUUGUAGUAAUUGUAUAUUUUUUAUAUAUUAUUCGUUUUCUUGUAAUUACUUGUUUGUGCAAUUUGAUUAAUUACUCUGUUUAUGUUAAUUUCACAGCAUAAAUUGUAGCAAAUAAAGAAAUAUAAUAUAAAUAAGGAGUCAAUGUAAAA